UGGACCAUCAUCUUGUUCUUAUCUACGUACAGGACCCUGACUAUCUUCAAUGCUCGCCAGCCGAGGCAUCUCGUUCAGUCGUUCUGUCAAAGAGUCGCCCAAGUCUCUCACCAUGAGCACAGCCAUGCUUAUAACGGUUUCUUCUUCUGAAGGACUAGACGCCCUGCGAAACAGCCCUGUUCGUCGCAUAUACAGGGCCUCUCCGGGUCCUUGUGGUGCCAUCAAAACCCCGGGUAUACUGAGAAAUAAGAAGACCAAGAAUCCAAGGACGAAAUGAACAUCAACCAUACCUUAGUAACCAACAUCAACUAUAGCAACCGACGUCCCAAGGAUUGUGGCCAUUUCAAUCUGAAGGCCCCUGUCCAUUUGGUGGCAAGCCA